UGAGCUUCACAUUAGUAGCAUCUUCAAAAACAAAACAAGAAAUUCACAACAAGAAUCCGCUGCAGCGUCGAAAAAUCAUUGCCCUUUCCUUUCGGUUCAUUCCGUUUUCUUUAUAAGCACCAUGAUUUGCAGCACUGUCACCUCACAGGAAACCAUCUGCAGUAACAUCGCAAGCCUAUGCCGAGUUUGUUCCGCUCCCGGAUCGCACAGCAUUUUCCAAAGAAUUCCAGCCUACCUGCAUGAACAUCCUCGGGAGUGCGCCCGGUGGCCGUUCCAGAUUCACAGGCUCAUCACGGAAGUGACGGGGCUGGAGAUUACCCAGGAUGAUGGGCUUCCACAGCACAUUUGCGUCCUCUGCAUUUCGUACCUGAAACACGCCUACACAUUCCGAAGGCAGACAAUCGACAACGUUGCAGCCUUGCUGGCAGCCAAGUAUCUGAUUGGGGUGCAGGAACAAAGGAAGGAUUCCAAAGACGCGAUGGAGAUCAUUCCAACGAUGCCAAGCCCAACGGUUAUUCGGGCUAACGUUAACGAAAUUAGCUACAAAAUGAUGAACCCUGGAGGAAGAGGACGAAAGACUGGAAUCUCUUUCCAGAAGAAUUUGGACAAGGAAGUGCUUCAGCAGGUGCUGGGUGGGAACGUUCAACAGAAGAAGAAACAGAAUAACGCUGAAGAGGAGCAGAGGCGAAUCGAGGAGGCGUUGCUCAGCAGGUGGCAUGAUUCGUCCCCGGAGGAAAAUGGAACGGAAGACGCGAGGGGAUUCUUCAGUUAUACGGAGAAGGAAUUUCAGGAAGAUGAUAUCAUGGAACUGGACGAUCUUAAGGAGCACAACAUAACGUUUAAUCUGCCGGAAGAUUAUAAGGAAAAGAAGUGUCCCUCUUGCCGGAGACGAUUCAUGUUCGAGGAAUCGUACAACGAACAUCUCAAAGAAUGUCUUCUGUUCAAGUUGGUUAAGUUCAUAAGGGAAGUGUAUCAUUUCCUGUUUCUAAAGGAGAACCGAUCUAUCUCUUCGUUUGAGUUCAUCCGGAGGGUAGUGUUCUCCGUGAAGAAAACCGUUGAAAUAAUUUCUUGCUACGGCGAGCAAAGUAUCGAACCGGAACUGGAAGCUGUAGAGAGUUCGAGUGCGAAAGCUGCCGACGAGGAGUCAAUCAAAAUCGAACAAUCUUUCCUGAGCAAUUUGGAGAAGCUUCGACUGAGCUUCAACCCCGAGGGAUCCAAAAUCGUUUCACCUUCUGUGUUGCACCGUCAAGUUGAUGAUGGCCGAAGCUCAUUCACCACCGGAUCAACUUCCAUCUCCCCUCUGGUAGCGAUUACCCGGUGCGAAGAAUGCCACGUGACAUUCGAAUCGGUCACCGAACUGGAAGCACACAAUCUAAACUACCAUCGAGCUCCACUCGUUGUCACCACCCCGAAUAAUCUCAAAACGCCCGCACGAUUUCCUCCAGCUCCAAUUGCACCAUCUCCCAAUGAGGUGGACAUGAUCAAAAACACACUCCUCUCACAGACCCCAGAUUCGUCGAGCGGAGGCCCUGGCGAAGGAAGCAGCAGCGAUGAUCAACGCAAGACGGUCAGUUGCAAAAAAUGCCAGCAGCGCUUCUACACAAUCACCCAGCUGGACCACCACCAGAUUCGCUUCUGUCAGCAGAAGUUGGACAGCCCAGCGGAACGGAACCGGAAGAAUCUGAACGCCAGCUACUUCUACACAAUGGAACUGCUCAAAGAUGUGAAGUAGUCUCCCUCCAAAAGGCUGGGUUCUUCGCUUUUAUCACAUUUGACGACUUAACGUUAGCUGUAUUAGUGUGUAUUUGAUACUCUUUUUUAUAACUGUAAGUGUAUUGGUCCAACUCUAAAUUUGAUCGUUUUUGAUGUUGAACAGUUACACUCGUGCGAGAAAUGCGUUUCAACGCAUUCUGUCCUAUUUUGAUGAAUUGUAAAACCGUUUUUUUUUCUUUUGUUUCUCGCUUAAAAAGCAACAGUAUUUAGUUUUUAAAUUUUUAAGUAAAUGACUAGAUUCUCAUGGUUUAAGCACGAAUAUUCCCACUGAUAAAUUGAAAUUUGAUGCAACGUAAAUACAAAAAUCAUUUUUGUAUACACCUUCAUAA